AAACAGCUAUAGAGAGGAGGCUAACAUUUAGCAAGCAAGCUGUUAGGUAGCAGCUGUAGCUUUAAAAAAAAAAAAAGAACUCGUGCUCCAUCUACAAAUCAAUGACAAGAACAUCAAAUUUAUAAAUAUGCUGCCUGGAUCAUAACUGAUUGUUGUUUAUUUCAACCCAAUUUAUUACCUUUGACGCUUCGUGAAGUUACGAGUGAUCCGAAACGCUUGAAACUUAAACUCUGGGGCAAUGGACUCAGAUAGACUGAAGCGAAGAGAGGAGAUCCAGAAAGCUAUGAGUUUUAUUCAGUCUUCAUUACCUUUCCCAGAGCCAGAGAAUUAUCAGGCUUUUCUGACCCAGUUGGUGUGUAACCUCCUGGAUGAGGGCAACUCGUGCUUCCGACGAGACAGCGACUGCCGUCAGGCAGCUCAGCAGUACGGAGAAGGCAUCAGCGUAGCCCGUUACGCCCAAGCCGAAGCCCUCGUCAUCCCCCACAAGCUGAUGGAGAGCCUUUAUGUUAACAGGGCGGCUGCCUUUUAUCAAAUUAGGGAAUUCGAGCGCGGCGUUCAGGACUGUGAUAGCGCGCUGUAUGUAUCCGAAGGCAGUCGAAAGGCUCUCUACCGCAAAGCACUAUGUCUGAGGGAAAUGGGACGACUCAGAGAGGCGUACGAGUGCGGCACCAAAUGUCUACUCACUGAGCCACAUGACAGACAGGUAUGUGAUCUGGCUCAGGAUCUGGCCAAUAAGCUGGGCCUUAAGGGCCGAAAAGCUUACAUCAGCCAGUCGGAGUCCACGGCCGCGGAGGGAGAGAGUCUUGGCGAGACAUCUGCACCCACUGGAGAGUUGUCUUCCAAUGGAAUGGAAUCUCUGGGUGAGAUGGGAGCAGAAGACCUGUCCAACGCUCAGUGCAUCCCAGCACCUCUGGCCACGCCCAUCCCAGUCAGUGACGACCCCUCGGUCCUGACCCCGUGCGCAGACUUGUCCGAGAGCCCCGGCAGCCAAUCCCAGCCACCGAUGCCGUUCUCCGUCCCCGUGUCUGAACAUAUGGACGAAUGCGGCAGCGUAAUUAAGGAUGAGCAUCACAGUCUCCUGGAGUGCAUUCCCAAGAAAGUGACUGAGAGUCCCGCAGGCGCCAUUCCCACCAACCUUCCAAACACAGCGGUGGGUCUACGGCCUCCAUACUCCCCCAACCUCCCCUCUCCGUCAACCCAGCUCGCCCCCACCUUCUUCGGCUCCUCCAUCAGUGACCUACCCGAACUGGAGCCUUUCUCCCAGCCAGACCAAGGCUCCACCCAAGUGCAGGACGCUUUGGGAGGCUUCUCAAGUGGAGCCACGGAUGGAGAUGGCAAAGCUGGGCUUGUUUCUGGUGGGCUCGACUCUUUAUCCGAGUACACUUUGCCCGGGGGACGAGUGUGUCACAGCUUCAUCCCCGGGAUGCGCAACCACGGCUCUGCGCAAGCAAAUGGCCCAGCGGGAACAAACCUCUCCAUGCUGUCCAGAAAUCCUUUGGCUGGCACACACGAGUUUCGUCAGGCCUGCCACGCCUGUUACAGUCGAAUAGGUCCGCGAGUGAUGGACUACAAAUACCAGCCAGAAGCAGCACAUCGAUGUAAGCGGGACGUCCUGCUGUGUCGCCUUAAAAAUAAUGACGACCACACCUGGAAGAGGAUUCGGCCCCGUCCUGCACGCAACAACUUCUUAGGGGCCUUUGUACUGUGUAAAGAGGUCCAGGAACGCCAAGAGUGCCAGUACGGUGAGAACUGCACCUUUGCAUACUGCCAGGAGGAAAUAGACGUAUGGACACAGGAGAGGAAGGGCGCGCUGAGCCGAGAGCUGCUGUUCGACCCCCUGGGGAGCACGGAGAGACGUGCUCUCAGUGUCACUCGAUUGCUGCAGCUCCACAUGGGCAUGUUCAUGUUCCUCUGUGAGGAAUGUUUUGAUAGUAAGCCCCGCAUCAUAAGCAAGCGCAGCAAAGAAAACUUGGCGGUGUGUUCCAACCUCACAGCUCGACACCCUUUUGAUGACAAUAAGUGCCUGGUGCAUGUGGUGCGGUCAGCCAAUGUGCGCUACAGCAAGGUGCGCCCUCUCCACCCCCUCUGCCAGUUUGAUGUGUGUCGUCACGAGGUUCGCUACGGCUGCCAGCGCGAGGACAGCUGCUCCUUCGCACACUCGGUCAUAGAACUCAAAUGUUGGGUGCUUCAACAAGACAGCGGCAUUACCCAUGAAGAAAUGGUGCAGGAGUCCAAAAGACACUGGCAGAGAUUAGAGCAGAAUGCACAGAAGCAGCAGAGGCCAAUCCAUAUUCCCCACCCGAGCAGCAGCAUGCCUGUUGGCGGACUCGGGGCGAUGGGUAUCGGAGCGGGCGGCGCAGGUGGCGGCGACGGCCUCGGCGUUGGUGGCAUCCCUUCUGUGGUAGGGAUGGGGGUAGGAGCGCUAGGAGGCGGGGUCGGGCGGGGCCGCCCCCUCAACCUGAAAAUGAAGUUCGUGUGCGGCCAAUGCUGGCGGGAGGGGCAGGUGAACGAGCCUGACAAGAACCUCAAGUACUGCACCGCCAAAGCACGGCAUAGCUGGACAAAGGAGCGUCGAGUGUUGCUGGUGAAAUCCUUUGAGAAGAAGAAGUGGGUUGUUGUUCGGCCUCUCCCUUUCUCCCGCACCUAUCCACAGCAAUAUGAUAUGUGUGUGCACGUGAUGAAGCAGAAAAAGUGCCACUAUAUUGGCAACUGCUCGUUUGCCCACAGCUUGGAAGAAAGAGACGUCUGGACGUACAUGAAGAACAACAGUUUGAGGGACAUGCAGCAGAUGUACGAGCUGUGGCUACAGCUAACCAAUCAGAGUAGACGUGCGGACAGUACUGCCAUGACCCCGCCCCCGGAUGACAAGCAGGUCACCAUAACGGCCGACUACAGCGAGAGCAUGGGAGGCCGGCGGUUGUCCAACGGAGACGACCUCUGAGAAUCGCCCAAUCGCCGCCGAGACAGGAGAUGAGCCAGCCGUACCGGCAACAACUGAGCAGCCCGUCAUCUCACUAGUCCGACCUCUUGCCUUGCGGGAGCUCAUGUAAACACAGUUUCUACACACGCGCUCACAAACACACACAUUUACAUAACACAAAGCCACAAAUCUCAGCCAUCAAUCAAAACUUUGAAGAAGCUUUGUUUCCGCAAUACCUGCAGGUUCCCCCUCUGUCGGAUUUCCCUGCAGGGUGCAUUUCUCGUUGACUGAAGUAAUAAUCGCAAUAACGUAAGAACUUUUUUUUUUUUUCUUCUUUUUAAAUCCUCGCAGCACCUAAGCAAUUCUCCGAUGAGCGCGCUGGCCGCAGUUCUUAACGUUUUGUUUGGCAAUAAUGGAAAAUUCUCUUGAAGAAUGGAGCUGUCAUGCUAAAAGUUGACCUUUUCAACUCAAUAGUGCCAAAAAAAAAACUUUUUGAGACCCAAGUAAGCGUAAUUAAAACAAAGCGUCUGAUGGUUAGUGUGCUGCAGUGUGAUCCAAUUCUGUUUUUUUUUUUUUUGGGGGGGGGGGGGGUUCAUCGGGAGUUGUACUUCCUCGUUAUAUUGUCUGCCAUAUUGGUAGGGCACUUUGAAUGUAACGCCUGAACGGGCCUUUAAAAUGGGGAAAAUCGAUCAAUCAGCGAGGAAAAAAAAAAGCGUUUUUGGAAAUAUGCAAUUCUGCUUACCAUUCUAAAAUCAUAAGCACAACAAUGUUUUCCCCUCUUCUUCCACACAUUGUUUUUUUGAGAGGUGGCUGUAUUUUACACACACGCGCACACGCACACACACACUCACACACACACGGCUAUAAUGGCAUAGAAAGAAGACUGUCCUGGUAUUAAAAAAAAAUGAUGACCUCAAUUGGACUGAAUGAGUGUCAGUGCUGCCAUAGCUGAAGACUUGUGUUGUAUUUAAUUAAGAAGAAAGGAAAAGCAUUUGCAGCUAAAAAUCUGGACAAAGAUUUCAUACAUUUGAAUUGAUUUCAUCCAAUUAAGAAUCUAUUGCGUUAGAAUAGUGAAGCUAAUUUGAAAGUAAAGGCAAAUUGAUACUUCUUCAGUCCCACUGAGUUUUUUUUUUUUUUUUAAUCCAGUGGUCCAAAAUGAAGAUUCGCACAUUUCUUUGGUGCCUCUGAGCAAAAACACAUGCAUAUGCUGUACACACAAACACACAAGUAGGAUACCCGCCUGCCAUCUCAUGCAAGCCUAUAAUGCAAAUCACACACACACAUGACGACAUAUUUACAUAUAAAUGCUAUACUACUACUAAUUAUUGAUAACUUAGCAAUCAAGCUUAAUAAAUAUAUAACCAGAAAACUGUAUUGAUUACAUAGAACUUUUCUGUUAUUGAGGUAUUGCUAUAUGACAUGUAUCGCUGAACUAGAUAGUGAUUUAAGAAAAAGAGAAAAGCAAAAAAACUCUUCUACUUUUUACGUUGUCAUUUUUUCUUUUUUUGUGUGGGUUGUUCCAGACAAACAAGUGGGUUGCAGCUUUAAAUGGAUGGAGCCAGAGUUUAAGUGCUGCACACACUUAACGUGUGUUGCUGUGUCAUCUUAGCAUCGUUAGCUGUGCCAAUGCGCCCUCAUCUGGAACAGCCCACCGUUUAGCUUCUUUGAGGGAUCGUAUUAUUACUACUACUACCCUUAGUAUUAUGAAUAUGAUAAUGAUUGCUAUGGACUAUUUCUCUCGUAUACGCUAUUGAUUAUAUGUACGUUUAUUGCAAUGUAUACCUAUAUCCAUGUAUGAAUAUAAUAACGGUAAAUACGCGUCUGUGUAUGCAGCCUGUUGGGGGAGGUUGUAAGUGGGCAACAAAAUGGACGCCACAAUCUGUCUUGAGGCCUUGGGAUAGCUAUGUGGCUGUAAAUACGCCAGAGAAGAUGUGAUCUGGGAAUCGUACACAGAUGCUUAUAUACUCCUGCAUAGCGCCUUAUUUGAUAUAGCACACGUAUAAAAAUAAUACAUACCCUUAUUGUAUAACCCCGCUUACUAUAUACAGUACAGUAUAUGAUACCUGAUAACCUAUGAUAAUACUUUAGCACCCCGGUAAGGUAAUUUAGAUAAGUGAUGGUGGAGCUGUUUUUUUUGUUUGUUUGUUUUAGUGGCUUGGCAGAGUUUAACUGGGCUGGGUAGAUUGAACCACACCAACUUAUUUUAGUUCAUCGUAUUUCAAUUGAAACUCCUCCUGUGCACUGAUUUGCAAUCAUCCUAUGGAGGUAUGGAUAAUGUUGUUUUACUGAUAUGCCUUUUCUCCCACCCAACUCUCUGUGAUUUGUUCAAGUUGACAGCACUUUGUUGGUAAAAUGAUCCAUCUGCCUAUUUUUGCCUUUUUUUUUUUUUUUUGACAAAAGAAGGUUGUGUGUUUAUAUCUUUAAUGAUACGUCUCGCCAAGCCACACAGUACAAACGUCACUGCUAUUCCUGUAAACAACCGCCACCUCCCCAUUCCAUUUGAGCCAUGCUACCGAAAGACUUAAAGAGCCCAAAUUGAAUCAUGUUACCGGUCGAAGAAAGUAUUGGUUAUUUGAAUGGAUUGAUUUCAACAAUCAGAAAAUAGAAACCAGGGUUGUAAAGACUUGGACAAAGAAGGCCUCUCAUUUUGUACUGUACUUUUUUUUUUUUUGUUUCCAUUACAUUGAUUAUCUUGUUUUUAUGUUUUGACUUUGUUUUCUCUCCUCCCUGGUUGGAUGUUAAUAAAUACUCAAGUGGACCAAAUCUCUUGAAAGCAUUUAAUAAACACUUUUAGAAAAACAA